AAGAAUACAAUAGGGAUAGAGCUCUCAGUGAACAUAAAGAAUCGAAUAUACUUGACAAAACUUCUCAACCAAGUAAGGCAGAAGUGAACCUCGAUAGCAUUGUGAAUGGACUUGCAGCAUUGAGUAUAAACCGGGUAGAACGAGAAGAAAAGUUGAAUCGAUCCGAUAUCGAAAAUAUGAUUCAAAAUGUGGUGGUGAAAACUGUGAAAGAUCUGAAUCGAAAGCAAAGUUAUUAA